UCCUUCGCUAACGCCCUCUAUGAGAUGAAAUCCCAAAUGGCUGCCUCCGAGCCUAAAUGCCAGACGACGUCGUACAUAAGAAUGAGCGUCUCAAGUGAGACAGACAUCACCAACAAAGAGGAAGUAAGCGAUGCGCAGACUCUUUCGAUGGAAUCCGGGAAACUCAGCAACGUACGAUAUUCAGUCUUUGGUCUGGGGUCACGUGCGUACCCCAAUUUUUGCGCUUUCGGUCAUUACCUGAACAAAGUAUUUAGUGAUUUGGGGGCAGAAAGAGUCUCCCCCAUGAUUGAAGGAGAUGAACUCUCGGCCCAGGAAGAAUCUUUUAAAGAAUGGGCCAAUGCCGUCUUUAAG